UACAGGGAAGGUACAUACCUCUAUUCAAACUCCACCCUUGUUAAUUUUUACAUUCAAAAAAUGGAGUAUAAGUGCUGUGCACUCUUGACAACGGCAUUGAUAUUAGUGAUGCUUGUGAAUUGUGACGCCUUAAUAAGGUGCGCUAAACGGAGUGAGUUUGAGAGAGAAUGUGCUUCGUGCCACGUGCUUAAAGCACCAAAUUGCUGUGUCGAGGGGGCCAUUACUGACUACUUCCAGAUCAACCAUUUUGAGAAGAUGUUCUCAAACCGUGACUCCCUUGAGGUUGAGAGCCAUGCAAAUAAGGCAUUCUGGGACUACCAGUCUUUUAUUACUGCCUCUGCUUACUUCCAGCCCUAUGGCUUUGGUACUACCUACAUCAACCGGAAAUUCACGGGAACCAAAGAAGUUGCAGCUUUUCUUGCCCAUGUUGCCACCAAAACCUCCUGUGAAUAUAACGUGACCACUAAGGAACCAUCAGCUUCAAGUUUAUGCCAUUACAAGAAAACGAAUUCCAACUCAUAUUAUUGUGAUGAGCAGUACAAAAAUACUUAUCCAUGCACUUCUGGAAUUGCAUACUACAGUCGGGGUGCUCUACCAAUCUAUUGGAACUACAAUUACGGAGAAGCCGGUAAAGAACUGGAUGUGGAUUUGUUGAACCAUCCGGAAUACAUUGAACAAAAUGCCACCCUAGCUUUCCAAGUCGCAAUUUGGAGAUGGAUGAUGCCAAUUAAGGAGCACCAACCUUCAGCACACGAAGUUUUUAUUGGCUAUUGGAAACCCACCAAGAAUGACACUUUGGGCAAGCGAGUUUCAGGUUUUGGUGCUACCAUGAAUGUACUAUACGGAGAUUUGGUUUGCGGUCAAGGCGAUAAUGAGUCCAUGAACAACAUCAUAGCUCAUUACCUUUAUUACCUUAAUCUUAUGGGUGUUAACCAAGAAGAAACAGGGCCUAAUGAAGUGCUUAGUUGUGCUAAGCAAGUUGUUUUCAAUCCAUCCUCUUCCUCAUCUCCUUGAGCUUUCUUGAACUAAUCCUUUUUUAAGGUAAUGCAUUAAUAUGGUUCUAAGAUCCUAUUAAGCAACCGAAGCAAAGGUUUAAAUACGAAGGAGAGUAAGAGUUUGUAUAAACUGUUUAUUUGUCUCUAUGUAAUGAUGUUGCUUGGACAAUAAAGAUUUGUAUUGAUUU